AUUCUUUAUAGCCAAAGGCAGUGAAAUAUCUGAGGAAUUUAUAUCUAUGAAUUGCACUGUUGCAUACAUGUCUCAAUGCAUGUCCUGGAAUAAAUGUAAAAGCUCAUGUGCUUCUAUGGGAGCAUCAAAUUACCGUUGGUUUCAUGAUGGCUGCUGUGAAUGUGUGGGAUCUACUUGCCUAAAUUAUGGAAUUAACGAGAGCAGGUGUUUAGAUUGUCCCCCAGAUAAAGAAGAAAUGACACCUGAGGAACAAAAUAUUAUAUCUAAAGAUAUUGAGAAAUUAGAGGAAGAUUUUUCUGAAGAUAAUAUUGAAGAAACAACGGAUUCUCUUAUAGAGCGAGAGGAAGAGAGUAUUGAUAAAAUGCAGAAUAUUGACUCUUAAGUUUUAAACAUUCCAUGCAGUUUGUGCCAUUAAAUAAAGCAUGUGAUUAAAACUUCAUCCAUUUUGUAUUUCAUAUAAUGUUUAUUUUGAUAUUAAUAAAUAUUUUUAUUAAAA